ACUGUUGAGAACUGAUGUUAUUGACAUCGGGGUCUCGACAAACAUUGUUCGGUCUGUUGACUCUGGAUAUUUCGUUUAAACAGAAAAUUACAAGCUUAUCUCGCUCAGUCGAUUUUGAUCUCGUCGACUCCUCAGUGUGAAGAAGAGUGAGCAUCUUUUAAAGAAAGCGAGCAGUUUGAAUGCGAUCAUGAUUUUCGCCUGGAUCGUGGUUACUUUUACUGUUACCUUCCUGACUCUGGUGAUAAGUGAUCCCUGCACCUCUCCUGGGAAAUGCAUUAAUGCUUCAAGUGGUCACAUUUCCAGCCUCAAUUUUCCCAACAACUAUGAACAGAACAGAACAUGUACCUGGAAUAUCACGGUGCCGAGUGGGAAAAUCAUCAAACUGACCUUCUUGAACUUUACCCUGGUAUUAAAUGAAAGCACAGAUUGUUGUGGAGCGGCAGCAACCAGUGCCCGAGUUUUUAUCACAAACGUUGCUUCUUAUGGAGGAGAUCCUAAUAGCUUUAAGCUUUGUGGUCAAAAGCUUCCCUGUCCUGUUUAUUCCGAGGGAAAUUUCAUCCAAGUGAAAUUUGAAUCCCGCUCCGGCAUUGUUAACAAAGGAUUCAAUGCAACAUUUGAGACGACAGAUGGAGAUUCACAAACAAAACCGACAAAUAAAGCGACAGCAAAAACUGAAUCAACCACGACAAAGGACAGACGCCAGUCAACCACGACAAAGGACAGGCGCCAGUCAACCAGUGCGCCAACGGAAUCCUUAUCAGCUGGUGCCGCCGUAGGAAUAGCAUUGGGUUGUUUGGCUUUUCUUCUAUUCGGCUUUGUAGUUGGUUACUCAAGCCAUCGUUACGUUAAAAAGAACAAGAGAAGAAUUUCUCCGAAUCACGAAGGCAAUGAAAUGGAAAAAGGCAGCAGAGAAAAUUACAACAGAUCUGCACCUGACAACUGAACGUGAUUUACGACAACCUAGAAUGCCGAGUGGUCGAGGUGGUUACAGUGCUUGUCCUGAAGUCCGGUCCAGGUCUCCCACGGUCUCCACCCUGCUACUCAAUGUUCUAUUUUCUCGUUUGCUUCAAGUUCAGCUCUUCACCGUCGCUUUCAAAAUAGCAAACCGGUCUACUUCCAGUCAGUUGGGGUUUUUAACUCAAUUCAUGUUUAUUUCAAAUGUUUGUCCAAUCCUGUGGAUACCUAGGCCAUACAAUAUAACUGCCGUUUUCUAUCUUUUCUUAUUUUUAUUCAAUUAUGCGAUUGAAGGAAAACCUUAAAAACCGAUAUCGCACUCAUCGCUUCGCGAUUCGCUCGACAUCGAUUUUCGCGUCCAAUUUAACCCGGAAUUCUCUCAUCAGGUAAAAAAAAUUUUUUUUAGAAUUAUUUGUUAUGUUGCUCAGUAAUUGCUUAGGGUUAAUUACUACCCGGAGAAGGGGGAAAGAAGGAUUUCAUGGGAAGAUCAGUGAUCGCUAACAAAGCAUCGUGACACGACCAAAAUCCUCCCACCUUCUUGUCCACCAUCUUC